UGCAAUUGACUAUGUGAAAUUCCAAUGGCCACAAAAAACUCUCAUGGUGCAACAUGACGAUUGAAACAAAGGCAAAAAUCUAGAUAGAAAAUAGCGGCACAAGAAUCCGAUUAAAGUGAGAAAGGUCGUGGCCGUGGUGUCAAAGCGUGAGGAAUCGUUGAUUGCGGGCGGCAGCUUGUGCAACGUUCACGGCUGGCGGGUCCCGCGCGACCCGGCCACAGACGUCGACCGCUCCGUCUAAGAGAUGUACUGGAUAUUCCUCGUCGCCUGCCUCGUCACCUCUGUGGACUUACAAGAGGCCACAGAUGGUGACUGCGAUGACAAUCUUGAGGAGCAAGCGCCAGAGAUUGAUGUGCAGAACUUAUUGGAGCUGGAGGAAGUGUGUCCCGAGCUGAGCGGCCAGAUCAUUGGCGGCAGACCCAGCUCUGUUGCUAGACAUCCAUAUCAGGUGUCUAUGGUCCUCAAUGGAAAUUCAUUCUGCGGCGGAUUUAUCAUUAGCCCUGACUACGUGUUGACAGCUGCCCACUGCGUCAGAAACGUGCAACCUUCCGGCGUCCGCCUUAGGGUGGGUAGUACACGACGCGACUCGGGCGGUCGAAUAGUGGCUGUCGCGAAUGUCACCGUUCACCCACAGUACGGACAGCCACAGUUUGACAACGAUAUUGCAGCACUGCGAUUGGCCCAGCCGCUGGUGUUCAGCGACGCCAUACAACCGAUUAGAUUACCUACUCCUGGACAAGCCGUGCCGCUCGUUCGACUCACGGUUACUGGAUGGGGCUUGACGGCUCCUCGAGGUCGGCGCAUACCUCGCCUCAUGAUGGAGGCAAACGUGCCAGUAGUCCCUCACUGGCUGUGUAGACUUUCAUAUGGAGAUGCGCUCACAACCCAUAUGUUUUGUGGAGGACACUUUCUCAUUGGAGGUGUUUCCUCAUGUCAGGGUGAUUCUGGAGGCCCGGCUGUCUUUAGAGGAACAGCAUUCGGAGUUGUAUCUUUUGCAAGAGGAUGUGCACUACCUCUGUCUCCAACCGUAUUCACAAACAUCGCAACACUUAGAGAUUGGGUGACGCAAACCACAGGCGUUUAAAUGAAAAUGACACCUUUAAGAGUUUUUUCAGCAUUGACCUGUGACAUUGACUUGAUAAAUAUAAGAGUUAAAACUAUUAGGUUCCGCAACAUAGUUAUUUAUUAAAAUAAAAUUAUUGUUAUGUUUUAA